AUGCAUCAGCAGCAGUUGGUCCUCUUCUGUUUUUCCCUGGUUUUGCUGGCAUCGCCCCUUAUGGCCAUAUGGGAACUGAAGAAAGAUGUUUAUGUUGUAGAGUUAGACUGGUAUCCUGACGCCCCUGGAGAAGUGGUGGUCCUCACCUGCGACACCCCUGAAGAAGACGGCAUCUCGUGGACCUCGAACCAGAGCAAUGAGGUCUUAGGCUCUGGCAAAACCUUGACCAUCCAAGUCAAAGAGUUUGGAGAUGCUGGCCAGUACACCUGUCACAAGGGAGGCGAGGUUCUCCGCCAGUCUCUCCUUCUGCUUCACAAAAAGGAAGAUGGAUUUUGGUCCACUGAUAUUUUAAAAGACCAGAAAGAACCCAAAAAUAAGACCUUUCUAAAAUGUGAAGCAAAGAAUUAUUCUGGACGUUUCACCUGCUGGUGGCUGACAGAAAUCAAUGAUGAUUUGAAAUUCAGUGUCAAAAGUGGCAGAGGCUCCUCUGACCCCCGGGGAGUGACCUGUGGAGCAGCGACACGCUCAGCAGAGAAGAUCAGAGUGGACCACAGGGAGUAUUGGAAGUACACGGUGGAGUGUGAGGAGGGCAGUGCCUGCCCAGCCGCCGAGGAGAGGCUGCCCAUUGAGGUCGUGCUGGAUGCUGUUCACAGGCGCAAGUAUGAAAACUACACCAGCAGCUUCUUCAUCAGGGACAUCAUCAAACCAGACCCACCCAAGAAUCUGAAACUGAAGCCGUUAAAGGAUUCCCGGCAUGUGGAGGUCAGCUGGGAGUACCCCGACACUUGGAGCACCCCACAUUCCUACUUCUCCUUGACAUUUUCUCUUCAGAUCCAGGGCAAGAACAAGAGAGAAAGGAAAGAUAGACUCUUGGAAGACAAGACCUCAGCCAAGGUCACGUGCCACAAGGAUGCCUUGAUCCGUGUGCAAGCCCGAGACCGCUACUAUAGCUCAUCCUGGAGCGAGUGGGCAUCUGUCUCCUGCAGUUAG